AUGUUUUCAACAUUAAAACGAUUGGCGAACAUAUCUGCAGAAAAAGAUACAACUAUUGGAAAUGUUGCUCAUCCGAAAGCAUUACCCCAGGAUUUACAACGUUCAUUUUCAAAAGGAAUUCAAUAUAACUGUUAGUAAAUAUUUUCAUUAACUUUUUCUUAAUUUCAAUUUAAAUUAAAUAAAUGUUUAAAUUGAAUUGCAGUGAAAUUAGUUAUUAAAGGGGAUAGAAAUGUAGGCAAAACUUGUUUAUGGAAUCGUUUACAAGGAAAACCAUUUAUAGCUAAUUAUGAAGAAACAGAUGAAAUCCAAGUAUAUCUAUAAUAUUACUACAAUUAAAACAUUAUUAUGUAACCAUUUUUCCUUAGGUUGCCCAUAUUCAAUGGAACUAUAAGAAUACUGAAGAUAUAGUGAAAGUGGAAGUAUGGGAUGUAGUUGAUAAAGGAAAAAGACGUCCAUUGUCAUCAUCAAAAUCUUGUGAUGUUCUUAAAACUGAACACGAUAAAGUCAAAUUAUCUCCAAUACCAGUAGAAGACACUCCAGUUUUGGAUGCUGAACUAGUUGAUGUUUAUAGAUAUACUAAUGGUGUUUUACUUGUAUUGGAUAUUACUAAAAGAUGGUAUUAGCAUUAUUUUAUUAUAGGCGUUUUCUUAAAAUACAGUGGACACUGCUUAUAAGAAUCACUUUGAGACUAGCAUAAAGUAAUUCUUUUAAACUAAUGAACUUUUUAUAGGCGAAGUGGAGAAUGGAUAGAAUAUAUUUGGAUAUAUCUGGACUGUUCUAAGUGAUUGUGACUCUAAUAAGUGACUGAACCUUAUAUCCGUGAGUCUUAUAAGCGGUGUACAAGGUAGUUGAAAUUAGUUAAAAUUAACAUGGUUCUAGAUUCUAAGCAAGUAAAAAUCCAUUGUUUUUUUUUUUUUCGUGAAUAAUUUUUCUACCAGAAAUCUUUCUCCAAUAUUGUUCUUAUUUAUUUUUUUGAUUUUUUUUGUAGUUUAUUUAAACAAUAGAAAAACUGGCCAUUUAUUGUAUACAUUUUGUUGGUUUCUUGAUUAUCUUGGCAUCAAGGAAAAAAGACCACCAAUAAUACUCUGAUCAGAAUAGUUUUUCAUUAGCGUUGGUUUAUCGUUGUGUAGAGAUAUAAAUUGAAUUAUACUAUAUACUCUCCAUUACAACUUUAUUAAAAUAGCCCACCAUCAGCAAUGUCAGUUUUUUUUUUUUAGAAAAAACUCUAUAAUUUAAUAGGCUGAAUUUUGUGACAUACAGGUGUCUCAUCAAGGUAUACCCAUUAUAUUUCCGGAAUAAUAUAAGAUAAUCAAAUUCUAUAAAAUGGCUAUCUUCAAACUUCUAGAAAAUAAUAAAAUAAAAGUGUUUUUUAGUUUUUUUUUUACCAAAAUAAAAAUACAGUGGAACCUAGAUAAGUCAUAGUAAAUGCAGUUCCCUUGCAAAAACUUCGAUUACUCUAAAAAAAAGAAACCAUAGAUAAUUCGAACAUUUUGUGUUCCAUAUAUAUACGGAUAAUUAUGGAUAAUUUUUAUAAUUGUUGUCUAAUCUACUUGUGUAUCCCAUAAUUUAACCUAAUAAUUUUUUAGUAAUACAUUUAAUAAUAAUAAGAACAAUACACAUUGUAAUUAUAUGUACAUAAUAUAUACUAAAUAAUAAUUAAAAAUGAUAAUACAGAAUUUGAUUAUCUUUGUUAUCUCAGAAGAUAUUGUAAUGUAUCUUUGUGGGACCUCUAUGUGUAUAUCUAUAUAUAUACAUACAUAUGUAUAUGUAUAUAUAUAUAUAUAUACAUAUAUAUAUACAUACAUACAGACAGAGUGUAUCCCAAAGAAAAACUGAGAUAAUAUGUAUAUUUAUAUUAUAUAGCAAUAUCAUGUAACCCUAAACUACAAAAAAGAGUCAAAUAUAAACCUGAUAUAACUCCAGUAACUUUUAAUCUAUUCAAGUUUUAUAUUAAUAGACAUUUUUAGAAUAAAAUUUUAGAUUCCGAGUGAAGCAAGGAAUAUGUUGAUUUUAUAAUAAUGUUUUUAUUUUAUUUUUCCCGUGGACAACUUUUCUACCAGCAAUUUUGCUCUGAAUUACAAUGAUAGCACAUUUUUUGAAAGGAAAUCUCACUGGGAUUGUACUUUAUAGAAGUCAUUUUUUGAUUUUCCAAAAGUUUCCCCCAAAAAAUGUGAAAAAAAAAACAAAAAAAUAGAUACAAUAUUAAACAAAUAUUAUUAAAGAAAAUGUAUAAUGCAUAUACAAUUAUUUCACCAUAAUGUGAUCAUAAUAUUGUUGAAAAAGCAAUACUAUUAAACAAACUGCUCAGAAUCAUUUUUCAUUAGCAAUGGUUAAUUGUUGCAUAUAGAUAUACAUUAAAUUUCUUCUCUGCUUUCCCAACUUCUUACCUACAACAGUUGCCCGCCAACGUGUGAAGUAUGUCUGUCUUUUUUUUUAUUAUUAUUUAUACAUUUAAAUUGUUAUACUAAAAAACAAAAAUAAACCAAUUUUUUGACACAAUGUAACAUUUAUAGGACAUUGGAUUAUGUAUACAAAGAAUUGCUUAAAAUUCCAGAAAAUAUUCCAGUUUUAGUAUUAGGAAAUCAUUGUGAUAUGAACCAUCAUCGUAGUGUCAAUGGAGAUGAAGUAAUUUAUUAUUUGAAAACAUUGGAAAGGUAUUUAACAUUAUAAACUAUUAUUACAUUUUAAAAUUAAAUAAUCUUAUGAUUUUAGGAGUGUACCUAUUCGUUAUGCUGAAGUUUCUAUGUCUAAUGGUUUUGGCUUACGAUUAAUUUAUAAAUGGAUUGGUAUUUCAUUUUUACAGCUUCAACGUGAAAACAUAAUGAACCAUUUAGAAACUAAUGGAAGAGAAACAAAAAUUAUGACAAUGGAAUUAGAUGUUUAUCAACAAAGUGAUGAAGCAAAUUAUGAUUUGUAAGCCAAUAAUAUUUAAAAUUAGUAAUUCUAUAUGAUGUUUAAGACGCACUGUAUGAAUCUUAAUAAUUUAAAAUUUACCUCAGUCCUAUUAUUUUAGAAAAAAUAUUCUUCUUUUUCUUUUAUUUUAGAUUCUGAGUGUAGUGAGGAAUAACAAAAUUGUUAACGCCAUAAAUUUAUAUAGUUUUGUUUUACGUCUUUCUGAAUUUUCCCAAUCAAUCAUUAUCAAAACUAGUUGGGAAAUAAAAACUCAACAUUAUUACUCUCCAACAAGAUCCAAAAUACAACAAAAACAUUUUUUUCAUUUUUGUUUGGAGCAAGAUUUUUGUUAAAAAUUUCAAAAAUAAAAUAUAUCAUUAAACCUAUAUAGGAAUGAAUGGUUAAAAAAAAAAUGUGUUCGAUUAAAAAAUUUUAAAACACAUGCAAAUGAACUUCAUUCAGAAUCAUAUUUUGUAAAUAAUGGUUAAUCAUUAUUUACAGAUAUAAAUUAAAUAACUUUAUGCAUUCUACCUUCCCAACUUCCCAUCUACAAGAGUAGCACAUCUUUCAACAAUAUUAGCUAUUUUUCUUUAAUCUAAUUGUCUAUAUAAAUAUCAUAAUAAUAGUGUUAAUAAAAAUAUUGUUAAUGCUCGCUGGUAGGCAAAUGUUGUAGUUCAGAAUGUGAAUAUACAGUGUAAUCAUUUAGUUGAUAUAGAUAAAUUAUUGCAAAUGGAAAAUCUAUUCAAGAGCAGAAUAGUAUUCCUUUGAUGCCAAGGUAACCUAGAAAUUAGUAAAAAAAAACAGGUAGUGCAUAAAAAUUUUAAAUAGAGUAUCACUGAAUAGAAAUUUUAUAUCUUUUGAGGUACUGUAUAAAAAAAAUUAAAGCAUUUUCCUAACCAUAAGUGUUUUUUUUAAAAGAAAACCAUAAAAAGCAAUUUUUCAAAAAAAUAUUAAGAAUCUUGAAAAAUGUCUCAAAUAAAGUAUUAUUGGACAAAAUAUCUAAAUCUUGUAAGUAUAUAACAUGAAAAAAUUGUAUACAUUUUCUAAUUGUAAGUAGUUUCCAAUAAAAAAAUAAUUUUAACAAAAUAUUACUUUUUUCUUUAUUAUACUUAGAAACCUAAAAAAAAAUCAUGUAAUUCCUUCACCUUUAUUACAAAUAUGAAAUAUUUGUGUGUGUGAUUUGGCAGAAUAUCAAUAUUAUAUCAAAUUUUAAUAAUUUUGAUUUCAGAUUUUUAACAAGAUUGUCAAAGCAGCGCCGUGCUGAUGCAGAAAACAAAUCAGUACCAUCUACUUUACCAUUACCAUUACUAAAUAAGCCAUCACCUAGUGCUAAAGAAGUUAAACCUCAAUUAGAAAAUCAAAAAAUGGUAGAUUCUAAAACACAGGAUAUUGCUCAAAAGAUGUUUCCAGCAAAUAAGUCUAAUGUAGUACAAACAGAAUCAAGUAAUGUGUUCUUAAUAUUGUUUAAGUUUAAAUGAAGUAUGAAAUAAAUGUAUUAUUAUAGCUAAAGAAGUCGAAAUACUUAAAGAAGAAUCUAUAAUAAAACUACCUUGUAUAGGAAACAUUAAUCAUUUAGAUGAUUUUGUGCCUGAUGAUGUGUUGGAUAAAUCAUUUUUGGAAGAUUCGGGUCAUGGAGACAUUAUAGUAAAAGUUUCCAAAGAAAUAGAAUUAGAUUCUGAUGAAAGGUAAAUAUUUGAAAUGUUCACUCAAUACCCAAUAUUAGCAUUUUUUGGACUGGUAAUGUUCAAAAAUGUUUGAACUAUUUAUAGGCUUUUUCCACAACAUUUAAGAGAGUAUCAUGUGACAAUACCAAAUUAGGUUUUUUAAAUUCGAACCUUUAUUAAAAGUUUCAUAUAUAGACAAAGUAUUACUUUUAAUAAAUGUUGUUAAAAUAUUUGAUUUUUGUCAACCUAUUAAAGAGAUAUUCCAUUUUUAAGUUAAUGUAGGGGGAGAGUAGUGAAGUAUCCAUUUGUUAAGCAGCACGGUGCGCAGUAUUUUAUUAGUACUCCACUACUCUCCCCCUACCUAAACCAAAACGUGGAAUAUCUCCUUAAUGGGUUGGUUAAAAUGUUAAAAUGUUAAAAUGGGUUGGUAAUGUUAAAAAUAUCGUCUUCAACUGCACUUAUAAAUUCUAAAAAUCAGAAUUUGAAUAUAUGCAAAAUUUAACCAAUAAAAUGGGAUGAACACGCUUAGUGAAUCAUUUUGGUCGAAAUGUCUUCUGACAGCCAAUAUAGUUGUCCCGUUUUUCUCUUAAUUUGAAAUUUCGUAAGUGGUGAGUAGUUAAUGUAGAAUGGGCCAGACUUGGGAACACACUUAUACUUAAAAUAUGUAGACCGUGUAUUAGUGAAAUAUAUUGAAGCCAACAUAUGUGCGAAAGAGACAGACUCUGGUGUUACUUUUUCAAGGAAGUUAUAAGCAAUUUUAUAAUAUCCCCUGGUAAUUAGUGAUGCGAAUAAUCAAAUUAUUUCGAUAAUCGAGAUAUUAUAAUAAUCGAGUAAUUCACUUGAUUAAAAUAAUCGAAAUAUUAUGAACUAAUAAAUAAUAAUCAAUCAAUUUAUUAAUAAAAACUCGUAGUAAUAUUUUUAAUUGAAAUAACACAUUACACAAACAAUUAUUAAUAGUUAUUAUUAUAAACUAUAAUAUAAAAAAGUACUUUUUAAAAUAAAAUAAUUGAUGAUUCAUUGCGUUAGGCAUUUAAUAGUUAUAAGUUAUAACAAACUGUUCAAAACUUAAAAAUGAAAAUAAUAAUUAAAACUUUGAUUGAAAAUAAAUAUUACAUCAUAUUUAAGUUACUAUUUAAAAAUAUAAUAUAGUCCAAAAUAUUAGUCACCAAAAUAUUUUGGUGACAGCUUAUUUCUACAAUUAUUUGUUGUUCUUCUUCUUCUUUCUUGGUUUCGGCCAUUCAAGACCAUACCUCUAGAUAAACAUACUGCCACCUAUCCCUAUCCUCUGCUACUUCCUGCCAAAGGCACUCCGGCUCCACUGUUUCAGUAUCUCUCCUUACGCAAUCCUCCCAUCUUAAACGCGGUCUUCCAAGAGGUCUCCUCCCUACUGGGUUUUCCUCUAUUACUCUUCUUAUUAAUGAGUCAUGUUUCCUCCAGGCAUGUCCAGCCCAAACUAGCCUUCUUUUCUUUAUAUCUUUCAGUAUAUCCGGUCGUUGAAAAAGGGAUUGCAGUUCUUCAUUGUGUAAUUUCCUCCAUUCAUUUGUGAGAACAUAUCAGUAUGCCCCAUAAAUUUUCCUGAGUACUUUUCUCUCAAAUACUACAAUUCUUCGUUCUUUAGUCUUUCUCAGAGGCCAUGUUUCUGCUCCGUACAGGACAAUCGGCCUUAGCAAAGUUAAGUACAUUCUAACUUUUAAAUUCUUAGAGAUUGCUCUUGAUCUAAAAAUUUUACUAAGUCCAAAGAAACAUUUAUUAGCUGAUUGUAAUCUCAUUGAAAUUUCUGUUUUAAUGUCGUUAUCUUGAGUUAUAAUUGACCCUAAGUAUUUGAAUUGGUUCACUCUUUUAAAAUUGUAUUCUUCCACUUCAAUGAAUUCUUCUUGUACCUGAUUUCCAUUUCUCCGACUGACCACCAUGUACUUUGUUUUUUCUUCAUUAAUCCUUAGUCCUACUUUCUCCGCAGCCUUUAUAAUUGAUUUCCCCAUUUUUAUUAUCAUCUCUCUACUUCUUCCCAUUAGAGAGAUAUCAUCCGCAUAUGCCAGAAUAUUAAUUGUCGAUCGACCUAACUCAACCCCUUCACAUAAAUUGAUUUCUCUUACUAUCUUCUUCAACACUAAGUUAAAUAGUACAGGAGAAAGCGCAUCUCCUUGUCUCAAGCUUGUCACCACUUCCACUGGUUGUGACAACGUAUUUGCUGGCUUUACUUUAAUCUUUGUUCCAUUUAANUAAGCUUGCCCUGUGGAUAGAGUCGUAGGCUUUCUUGAAGUCCACAAAUAAUAUAUACACGUCUUUAUUGAACUCCCACAUUUUUUGAAGGGUCUGUUGUUGACCUGUUUGGUCUGAAACCUCCUUGGUAAUCCCCUAUUAUUUCUUCCGCGAUCGGCUUUAUUCUGUCUAAUAGGCAAUAUGCAAGAAUUUUAUAGGUUAUGUUUAAUAAUGCAAUUCCCCUAUAAUUGUUGCAUAUCUGGGGGUCGUUAUUUUUGUGAAUAGGGCACACUAGCGCAGUAAUUCCACUCCUCCGGGAGUCUUUCCUCCUGCCAAACAAUUUCAAUAAUACUAUGUAUUCUUGAUACUGUUUCCUCAUUUAAUUUUUUAAAUAUUUCUCCCUGAAUCCCAUCUUCUCCGGGAGAUUUUUGGUUUUUUAACCUUAAUAUUUGUUGUCUCGUUUCAUUGAUAGUAGGGGGUAGGCAUUCGCAAUCGUUGGUUUCUACUAGUGUUCAUUCAAAAGUUUCUUCUGGAUUUUCGCAGUUGAGCAGUGUGCCAAAAUAUUGUCUCCAUUUUUCCAACAUCUCUUCCUGUCCUGUUGUCAGUGAACCAUCUUCAUUUUUCAAGAACUUAUUAUGUUUUCUGAAUCCUCCUCUUAUACUGUUUAUUUUUUGGUACAACUGUCUCGUUCUAUUCAUUCUAGAAUCUACUUCUGCUUCUUCCAAUAAUUUCCGAGUAUAUUUUCGUUUUUCAUUUCUGAAUACACUACUUGCGCUCUUUUGACAUACUUUAUACGCAAUUUCUUUUUCUAUAUUAUGUUGGUCAUUAAGCCACUGGUUUCUAGCUUCUUUUCUCCGAUUUAGAGCAUCUUCACACAUGUCAUUAAACCAUGGUUUUCUUACAGCUUUUACUUUUCCGAUUUCUGACUCUGUCACAAUCUUUAUAGUAUCUUUAAUUUUUUUCCAUUUUACAUCAAUUGAGUCAUUUAUACCUGCAUCUAUCUUUCUGAUUUUUUCCGACAUCUGAUACUUGAAUCUUUCACAUGUAUUCACAUUGUUUAGUUUAGCUGUGUCAUAUUUGUCUACCACUAUUCCUUUUUUUCCGAUUAUUUGUUAUGAUAUAAAAUAUAAACUAGUCCAUCAUUUAAAUAGUUAUUAAUAUCUGUAGUGUAGUGUUGUAGUGAAUGUAUUAAAUAAUUAUGCAGCCAGUAUACUUAUAAAUAAAUUACUAUAACGCAAUGACAAUGACCAAAAUUUCCAGAACAGAUAAGAGUAUUUACUAUGAAACUAUUUCAGUUUUAUACUUUUAUAAUUAUUUGAAAUUUUUGCAUGUUUUGAGAUAAUAUAAUCCGUAUUUGAAAUUACUAGAUUAGUAAAAGAAAAAUACUAGAGUAUAAUAAUAGACAACAGUAGUUAUUUUAUUUCAUUAUUUUUUACUUAUUACAGUUUGAGUAACUACUAACAAAAUUAAUAAUUACUAAUUUUUCAUUUGAUUUUUUUCAGUUAGUUCAGAGAAUCGAGACUGAACAAAUCAUUCGAUUAUUUUUCUUAACAAUCGAAUUACUCGAUUAUUUUCACUCGAUUGUUCCCAUCACUGCUGGUUAUAUUUAAUUGAUGCAUACAAUUGAAUGCUAUCAAGACAUAAUAAAAUUCAUUAUUAAUUAUUUUGUAUAUUAUCAAUUUCGUUAUACUUAUUUUUGGUGCGUUGCCUGAACGGCUAGACUGACGAUGGCCCGUUCAAAUUAUCUGACUUUGAUAACGAUGUGUUAUUUUUGACCGUUGAAAGAUAACACAAAAACCGCUAUUAGUGAUUUAUCAAUUAUCAUACAUUCAUCUAUAGGUAUUUGAUUGUUUGUUGGGAAUUCGGGAUGGUCCUAAAGGUUUGGUCAAAUAGAAAGCGGACUGACCGCGCGGCCAGGCCGCCGGUCCGCCGCGGAUUGUGUAUUCUAUUUAAAUGCAUCAUUCUGGUUAAACACACAGCGACCUACCGUGGCAGACUAGUAUAGUCCGUCGCGGACAAACGGGUUGUAUUUUUUCACAAAGUUCGCGGCGGACUCAAAUAAAAUGUAUAUAAUAAAAGAAAUAUAUUAUAUUUUAAAUAUAGAUUAUAUCAUAUAUUAUACUAAUAUAGAUAACAUAAUAUUACUACUAUACGUCUAUACUCUAAUAAUAAUAACUAUACUAUAUACUAUUCAACUAUAAUAUUAUUAGAACCAAAAUUCUAGAAAUCUCCAACUAAACUAAUAGUAGACAAUACGCUGAAUAUUCUACAUGCAUCAGCACUUCUAGAAUAUCCUAGAAUUUUCUAAAAGAGUAUGUAAAUUCUCAAACUGUUCUCGAGACAUUCUAUAAUAUGUAAAAAAUCGGUCUUCAAAAGAACGUAAUUCACUGCACAGUCGGUGAAACUCCCCAAAUUCUUUCCUUUUUUGGUUUAUUUCGUGUACCCAUUUUAUUUUUUUUCUUACUUAACUUAAGGCAAGCAGAAGAAGCAAUUCUUCUUCGUCGGAAGAACUGCUUGACAUUUUGUAAUAUGAAAACAGAAAGGUGAAAAAGUAAAAAUAAAAAAUAACCAACAGUACACUUUGUGCAGUUUUUAAACUGGUUCGCUCAAACUUGUCCGCAUUCUGUUUGACUAUCAGCGGACCAGCGGCCUUGCCACGCGGACAGUCCGCUCUCUGUUUAACCAGACCUUAAAUGUGGCCGUUAAUCUUAAUAGUUUAAUAUCAAUAUCCGAGAAGAAAAAUGUCAUCUGCCGUGGUUUUAAAUGUACAAAGAUUAAUGGUAACCUUAUGUUUUUCCACUCGCUGCUUUGUUUUUACAAUCAGAUUUUUCUUGACCUGUAUAUUCGUUAUUUUAAUUACUUCGUUGCCUUGGUCAUAGUAAUUAUUAAUGUAUCUGAGUCAUGGUUUUUAUCUCGUAAUACUACUCGAAAUGUUUUUUUACUUUUCAAUUGGUACCGAUGUAUUCAAUAUUAUUUUCUUCUAAUGUUGUACUUCUGAAUUAGAUUUAAGAUCUCGGCUUUGAAUGUUGGUUCAUUUCCAACCCGUUCUUCAUACAUUUAUAACUGUUUUAGUUUAUCAAAAUAUUUAGCACCUUUUAUAGUUAUUGGUGGGUGCUCACAUAUUUGUUGAGUAUUAUCAUUAGUCGGGAUUUUGUUAAUUUUUGUGUAGCUUUUGAAGUUACGUUAAUAUCUUUUGUAGCUGAUGUGUUAGAAAUGGAGAUCCUUUUUUCAUCUAUUUUUUUAAUUAACUGUGACGCUUCAGCUACCAGUUCCAAUUCACUAUUUUUUAUUUGUCGUAAUUUUUUACUUGCCUAUAAUUUUGCCCCUUGACGGCAAAGUUGUUCGUUUAUAUGUUUUAAUUUAGUUAAAAUAUUUUGCAUUUCUACGUUGGUCAUCAGAUUUGAUUGAGUAGGUCCGUCCAUGGCUGUGCUCGUCACGUGAUUGUAGAAACUACCGGUACGCCGCCGCACAAGCGUGUGGCCUACUUAGUAUUAUUAUGUAGACACUCACCUAUUUCCAAUUAGCAUGGUAAGCAUUUUGAUAGUAUUAAACACUGAAAAAAAAACGCGAAUGUACAGCACUCGAAAGCGAGUACAUACGUGUUGCUCCGUAAAAUAAUAAAUAAGCAUUAAAUAUUUUGUUUAACAUCGUACUGAUUUUCCCGUAUUUUCUAUGUUUUUCACAUUUGCUAGGAAAACUUGGGAAAAUCGAAAAAUGACCUCCCUCAAGUACCUUCCCAGUACAAUUUCUUUCAGAAAAAGUGCUACACUUCUAAAUAGAAGCAGGUGAGCGAGUGAUAGCUGGGUUUCUAGGUACACCUAUAUGCGUUUCGAAACCUGGGUUUGAACCCGUGACCUCUAAGACGACACUUGGUAUCCAUGACCAUUAGACUACGACAGACAUACAGUAUUGAGUUAUUUAACAUAACAUAUAAUAUACGCAUAAUAUCAGAACUUCAUAAAUCUUUUAUUUCGAAACUCAGUCAAUCCGCUCAAUUCUGACUUCACUAACGUUAUUCAAUCGGCAAUAUACAUAUGUUCAAAAAAAAUUUUUUUUUAAAAAAGCUGAUACUGAAGAUGGGAGCGGUCACUGUUGUAGGUGAGAAGUAGGGAAAUUGUUUUUAUAAAAUAAUACGAUCUUGAAAUUGUUUUCCUACGACUAUUCCCACUAUUAUUUAAAAAUGGCGUUGAAAAUUAAAAAAUGACUUCUCUAAAGAUUACCAUCUAGAUUACUUGAGCUUUCAGAAAAGUUGCUACAUGUAAAAAUCGAAGCAAUUUUACUAGACAAAAACGUAUCCGCAGACUAGUAGAAAAAAAAAUAAAAAAUAAACAUCUUACUAAAACCAACAGAGCUACUCUCGAAAUCUAAAGUUAGAUUUGUUCCACAUACCUAAUAUUUUAUUCAAAUGAUUUUUGUCAAAAUUUGAUAUUAGAAUUCCUUUAUAAAAAAAAAUUCUACAUUAAAUUCAAUAUUUUUCUUUUGAUCACAAAAUAAGAAUUAAUGAACCUCCUGUUAAAUUUUUAAAUAUUUCUGUUAAGGUAACAAUUUUUCUACAGAGUACCUACCAAAUAAAAAUUACGUACAAAACUCGCAAAAUUAAAAUGUCUAUAAAUAGCUUAAAAAUGGCUUAGUUUUUGAAAAUUUGACCACGUCUAGAAAAGACAAAUAUAAAUUUUCUAUCUAAAUUUUAAGUCUCUAUGAAUAUUUUAAACUGAAUUACUAAAAAUAACAAAAUUGAAAAAUAAUAAAAGCAUCAUUUUCGUAAAUUUCACAUUUUUUUUCCAAAUAUUAUGGAAAAAAAAAAAAAAAAACUUUGUAAAACCAAUACAUUCUUUGCUACACUCAGAAUAUAAAAAAGAAAAACAGUUAUUUAAAAGAUAUCUUGCGUAAUGUAAUUAAUCCAACUGAAAUAUUUAUAAUUUAAAUAUUUAAGUUUAUAUAAUUUCUAUGUUAUAGUGAUGAUUGUGGAAAUCCAAUGGUAGCAGGUUAUCAAGCUGAUAUAGAUCCAGAUGAUUUUACACCAAUUAUUAAGGUAAAUUAAAUGUUUUAAAAUAAUAUUUUACUUUAAUAUGUAGUCUAAUUUGUAUAUAUAAAUUUGAAACAAAUAUAUUUUAAUUUUCAAACUUCAGUUAGAAAAAAAGACCAUUGAAUCAAGCAGUCUUGCAAAUUGGUCUUCAAUUCAUAAUAUUACCAGACCUAGGCCAGAAGGGGGAGAAGAUGAAGAAUCAAAGCCAUCAGUAGAUGAAUUAAGUAGUACAGAUUUUAUAAAGGUAGCACAACAUUUUUAAAUAGAGUUAUUUUUCCUAAUUUUUUCAACCAAUACCUAAUAUCACUGUAUUUUUAUUUUUUCUGUCUGUAAACAACUUUUUGAAAAAAAUCUCCGAUGUAACAAGUGUAGUACCUUUUCUGAAAGGAAAUUAUAAAGAGGUUAUUUUUUGAUUUUCCAAGUAGUUUUUAAAAUAAUCGUGAAAACCCAUAAAAAGACUAAAAAUGAAAAACAGUCUUAUUUAUGGCAUAACAAUUCAAUUAUCUUAAAUUGUACACUUUAUGUUAUCCACCAGAAAUAUUGCUACAAUAGAAAAAUAACAAGAGUUCUUUUUUGUUGCAUUUUGAAUCUAGUUUAUGAAUAAGAUAGUCGUUUUUGAUUUUCCUUGUAAUUUUUUAAUAACCAAAAAAAUAAAAAAAUUGGCAAAAUAUACAGAAAUAAUGCUUGUAUUAUUUAAAAAAAUUAAUUUUUUGUAAUUGUUUAAAUGUGCUCAGAGACUUGACAUUUUGACAGAAAAUUUAUAUUUACUUGGUUUUUUAUUUGGUAAAUACUCAGUUUAUAAAAUUGUUAGACUAAACAAAAAAGCUUAAUAAGAAAAUUUAACAGCAAGAUUAUAAAUCAUACUUUGUGAUAAAAAAAAAUUUAGUAUAAUGUAGAAUUUUAAUAUCAAAGUUUAAAAGUGAUACUAUUAACCGAACUCCGCUUAGAAUCGUUUUUUUGUUAGCAAUGGUUGAUCAUUGUGUACAGAUAUUAAUUAAUUAACUUUAUGUAUCCUACCUUCCCAAUUUCCUAUUCACAGAAUCAACUUUUUUUUUUUUUUUUAUUUAAGUCGUUUUGGGAGAUCAACUUUUAAAAUUUAAAUGGGAAUCUAUUCUUUUUCAAUAUAAACUUAAUUGAUUAAAUAAUAUUAACUUUUAUAAAACACUAUGAUUGAAAGUAAUUUAAAGUUGAUAAUAAUACAGUUAUAACUAGUUUUAUUACUGGUCCACAGUGCUUUGUGUGAUAAGACUGUAUUAAAUACAUAAAAUGUCAGUGUGCGGUCAAAAUUAAAUUUAUAUAAACUUUAAAUAAUUCACAAGCAUGGAGUUUUGUAUAAAUAAUUAUUAAAUGUAUUAAAUAAAAUAUCUUCACAUUAUUAUGUCUGUAAAAAUAGUAUAGGUUUCAUUGUUGACCCUCAAAAUCCCCCUAAAAGUAAAAAAUAUACAAGUCAUUUUAGAUGUUUGAAAAUCAAACGAUUUUUGUUUCACAUAUUUUAAUCAAUUUUUUAAUAUUUACAUGAUAAAAUAGUUCUAACAUAAAUUUUGAAUAACUCUGUUUAUGAAUAUUACAAAGCUCUUCCUCCACUCAUCUGUCAUCUUCCCUUCUACUGACACAGUAAAAAAAAAUGUUUAAUCAACCUAUGCCUAAGUUCCCUAACAGUUUUCACACUUCUACUGGUACUCCAUCUGGUCACUUCAUUAAGUAAUUUCUCUAAGAAUAACUAUUAUUAAUUGAACAAUAAUUAAUUAACCUUUCACCAAUACUUUAUUACUUUAUAAUCAUUUAUCUGUUUAACUCUUUCUCUCUUUCUCUCUUCUUUUAAAUUGUUGAUGAAUUUGUGUAUUUCCUUCUCUCUUAAAAGUUCUCUAAUACUAUUCCUAACAUAAUUGUUAGUAACUGCAUGGUCAACUGCUUACAUAAUAUUUAAAAUUCUUUCCUCAUCCUCAUUUCUCUCUCCAAAACCAAACCCUCUAUGUACCCUCUUGUAUACUAUCCUCACACUAUCGAUCUAUCUAAAAAUUUAAUAGUUAAAUAUACAAUAUAUACCUAAAUAAUUUUAUUUAGGAAUAAAUAUAAUCACUUAUUUAAAUAAAAUUUCUAGGUAAAAGAGAAGAAAAGCAAAAGUAAAAUAGAAAAGAAGAAUAAAAAGAAGACCAAUUGUUCAAAAUCUGAGUAUGAGAACUUGGAAUGUUUUUUAAAUGAUGAAUAAUAUUAUAUCUGAUGUUUGUGUUUUUGUAUAGUAUAAUUUUAUUUUGUUUUAAAUACAUUUUAAUGUUUAAAUUAUUCGUAUAUUACAAAUUUAUUAAUAUCUUCUUAAAAUGUAUUAAUAUUUAAUAUUAAUAAAAUAUGCUUUAAGAUUAUAUUAUUAAUAUUGAUAAAAUAAAAUAAAAUUCUUGUGAUAUUAAAAUAAUAAAAUGUAUACUAAAUUAAAAUACGCAUUUUAAUUAAUAUAGCAAUAACCAAGUCCAAAUAUUAAAAAUAAAUUUAGUCUUAUUAACAUAGUGCAAUUUUUAAAAUUGUUAUUUAAACAAAUUUGUUGGGGUGUAGGAACUAAUAGAAAAAUGGAGAAUAAUAUUAUAAAUCCAGAUACUACCUUAUUUUAACUAAACACCUAAAAAAUUAUAUUUUUAAUUUACCAAAAUUUCAACUAUAAUUCUUUGUACAAAAAUGAUUUGAUAACUUGCCUAGGUACUUAAAAUAUUGUUCAAAUCUGUAUCUUCAUUAUUAUUUUUAAUGAAUAUUGUCCAAAAAUAUGGACACAUAGUCCAAACACAAUAAUAAAAUAUAUUACCUAUAUGGUACCUAAUAUGGUAUUCAUGUGUUCUUCAUUAGACUCAAUCGGAUGGUAAAAGCCAUACUCAAUCAGAUAAGAAAUUCUAUUAUCGGCAACCAUCUUUUUUAUCUUAUUAAAUUGCAGGUAUAACGUUCUCUUACAAGUACAUAAUAUAUACAUAUGUACAUAGUAUUACAUACAAUUAUCUUCUGAUCACCUACGCAAUUUUUCCGGACGAUAUUCGCUCAUCUGGCCUCAUAUUUUUAAAACUUAUAUCUCCAAAUAUCCGGCUGUGAAGAAACUUGUCCAUUUCAAGGUUUUGUCGCCAAAUUCAUUCAGUUAUGAAUCUAGUUGAUGGUGACCUGUUCCCCUCUAUUUUUUACGAAGACAAAGCGCGUAAGUACUAUGUACUGUCAACUGACUGACGAAAUAAAUACCGACAUAAAACAAAAUAUAAAUUGUUUAUUAUGAAGAUACAGAUUACAACAGAAUAUACAUUUAUAAAUAGAUUCCUAUACGGUAAUAGUCGAAAUAACACGGAAUUACCGGGAAUAUAUAUUUAGUCAUUAGUAACCAUUUGUUCUACAAAAUACUUCUUCUGCGUUUUAUAUAUUAUGUAUGGAACAAAAUAUAUAAGAAACAAAAGUAUUGCAUGAAAUAUUUGCUGAAUAUAGGUCUGUUGGAUCAAAUGUUUAUGGAACAUAUUGUUUGUGGUACAAGUAUAUUGUGUAACAAAUAUUUUGUGGUUAGUGAACAUUUCUUCCAAAAUCUAUUGUUCCAAUGGCUAUUUAUUCCAAAAAAUACUUCUUCCAAAAUUUAUUUGUGGAACAAAUGUCUAUUGGAAGACAUUUUUGCGAAACAUAAGUCCGACGGAACAAAUAUUUUGUGGGACAAACGGGUUACAUUCGUAUGAGGUUUACCAACUUGGAAUGCCACGAAAGUUGGUUAACCUCAUAGUAUGAAACAUUGGUCAUACUGACAUCAAAGUAAAGGUUGGCCCAUGAACAUAAAUACUGUAGGGCACACACUAUCGAAGUACUUGUGACAACCAGGCUGAGACAGAGAGUGCACUCGACCCUAAUGUUUAAUACACUGUCUUAGAAUAUAAGGUCAGGCAAGUAUCGAUAAAACACGCUUUUAUUACAAACAAAUUCGGAACGGGCGCAAUGCUGCGCUCUAUCAGUAUAAUAAUUUGUAUAUUAUAAAAUCUAUUACUAGAAACAUAAAUUAGUAAUUUAUUGAUAAUCAAUAUUAUUAUUAUAAGAGAGUGUCAUAUACAUUAAUUUAUUCAUCCCUACACCCUCCAUAUUCUAUAUAAUUAAUAAUUCAAAAUAAAACAUAAAAUAUAACUUGAUAAGAACUCACUAAGGAGCAGUAGUGAACCAAAUAUUGCAUUUGUUUCUUUAAAGUUUGAAUAUCAGUACAAAAUGCCUAAAGAAUGUUUUGUUUGCCAAAAAAAAAAAAAAAGAAGGUAUUGCAAGUUUUGAAGUAACAAAACAAAAACUUGCAAGUUGGAGUAAGUGUAUUGAUGGGUUAACUGUGGGACAAAGAAUUUGUGAAAAACAUUUUUACCCAAAUGAAAUAACAAAAGUAAAACUUGUGAAGGACUGCUCAGGAGAUGUCAUUGAAGAAGUAAGAUUAUUUAAAAUCAGACUUAUAUGGAACAACAUAUUUUCUCUGUGACAUGAUAAAUUAAUUUAGGCAAGUGACCAAUUUGUUUUAAGUAAUUUUCGAUUAAAUGAGCUAUAUUUGAUUUUACAUAUUUUAUCAUAAAUACAUAUUUUUAUAGCUGUGUUAAAAUAUUUAAAAAUAUGUACCCGAAUUUAAGCCUUCCUCCCCAACUAAUUGUAACCAGAUAGGGCACUAGGUUAAAUGCCACUAGUUAUUAUUGCCAAAACUUCAAAGAAAUCAAAAAUUUUGUGAAACUAGAUCAGACUACUUCAUUGUUUAUAGAAGAAGCUAUUACAAUUUAAACAACUUGAGUUUUUAGAAAAGGUACUACACUUAAACAUCGGAGCAAUUUUACUAGGGAAAAACUUGUCAACAGACUAGAAGAAAAAGAAAGAAAUAAACAGUAUUGUAAACCAAUAGUUCUCUCGCUACGCUUGGAAUCUAAAAUUCAUAAACGCUGCAAAACGUACAGGUCUAGAAAUUAACUCCGAGAAAACCGAAUGUAUGGUAGUUGAAACUUUGAAAAACACGGCCCAGAAUGAAAUUGGUAUAGAAAAAGAGCGAGAGUUCAAGCUAGAAAUAAGUGAAAUUUGGUUUAUCAAAGAUAUUACGAUCUGGAUUAUUUUCAAGAAAUUAAAAAUCCCAAAUAUUCCAGACUCUAAUCAAGCCAGUUGUUACAUAUGCAUCAGAAACUUGGACCUUAAGGAAAAAAGACGAAAAUACUUUAUCAGUGUUUAAAAGGAAGGUCCUAAGGAAAAUCUAUGGACCGUGCAAAGAUGAAUUUACCGAUGAAUUGAAAAUACGUAAAAAUAAGGAACCCCGGGAGCUAUAUCGAAAUCCAAACUUUACAGAAGAUAUCACUAAAAGAAGGCUUAUGCGGACAGUUCACUCUAGGCGCAAAGAGGGAUUAUUGGGAAGAAUAGUACACGAAAAUGCAUCACAUGGAAAACGUCCACUGGGAAGUUCGAGACUAUGA